AUGGACAUGCAGCCGCAGCCUACGUGGCAUUCGUUUUGUGAUCAACACGUCCUGUCAUCGGACGGAUUCUACGACUUCGUGGAAGACGAAGGUGACCGUCGUGCGGCUAACGUACGAGAACGUAAACGAAUGUGCAGCAUCAACGUCGCAUUCAUCGAGUUGAGGAACUACAUUCCGACGUUCCCAUUCGAAAAACGGCUAUCAAAGAUCGACACGCUCAACUUGGCCAUAGCCUACAUUAAUAUGUUGGAAGAUGUUUUGAGGUCGCCCAUGGAUCCUCAUCGCUAUAUUCGCCGAUGUGUAGCUAUGUCGCGUAGCAGUCAUCCCAAUGCUCCCUCAUGGAGCACCAGUGGUCGCCCAUGGAUCCUCAUCGCUAUAUUCGCCGAUGUGUAG